AUGAAUUAUAGUGACGAGAGGUUGAUUCCUAUUGAUACACCACUUGGAAAAUUCAACGUUUGGACAAAACGCUUUGGCGAGAAUGCCACAAUAAAACUGCUGCUACUACAUGGUGGUCCUGGUGCUACAUGCGAACUUUUUGAAAGUUUUGAAAAGUUUCUUCUUAAAGAAGGAAUUGAAUUCUAUUAUUACAAUCAACUUGGUUCUUUCUUGAGCGAUCAACCGACUGACAUUAGCUUAUGGACAAUCGAACGCUUUGCAGAUGAAGUGGAGCAAGUUAGAAAAGCUCUUGGACUCAAUCAAAAUAAUUUUUAUCUAUUUGGCCAUAGUUGGGGUGGCUUAUUGGCGUUGGAAUAUGCAUUGUUGUAUCCAAAUAAUUUGAAAGGUUUGAUCAUCAGUAAUAUGAUGAGCAGUUGUCAAGAUUAUGGCUCAUAUGUUGAACAUGUGUUAGCAAAACAAAUGGAUCCUAAGGUAUUAGCAGCAAUAAGGGAAUUCGAAGCUAAUGAUGAUUAUCAAAAUCCUGAAUAUAUGGAAAUUCUUAUGUCACAUUUCUAUAUUAAACACUUUUGUCGGUUACAGCCAUGGCCUGAAGUAUUCAGUCGUGCAUUUCAACACUUGAAUGGUCAAGUUUAUACAUUGAUGCAAGGUCCUUCAGAAUUUGGAAUUUCAGGUCGAAUAAAAGAAUGGAGCAGAAAAGACGAUUUAUCAAAAGUGACAGUACCAACGCUUAUAAUAGGCGCAACAUAUGAUACUAUGGAUCCAGAACAUAUGAAAUGGAUGGCCAAGCAAGUACAAAAUGGUUCAAGUGUCAUUUGUCCAAAUGGUAGCCACUGUUCCAUGUGGGAUGAUCAAGAACACUUUUUUCCCGCACUUAUCCAGUUCAUCAAACGUGUCAACAAUAAUGAAAACGCCAACUGA